AUGUUUUCUCCCUUUUCUCUCUUGGCCUCUAAAGCUAGCACAAGCCCUACCGCAGGACUGGGCACUGCUGCCAUUGUGGGCAUCCUCAUUGUGGUCUUUGUCCUCCUGCUGGUGGCUGUGGACGUCACCUGCUACUUCUUGAACAAGUGUGGCCUCCUGAUGUGCAUCGCAGUCAACCUGUGUGGCAAAUCCGGUCCUGGGGCAAAAGGCAAGGACAUGGAAGAGGGCAAGGCUGCCUUCUCGUGAGUAAUUUUGUUUUCAUUAUACAUACAUAUAUAUAGUUGUAUUUACAUUGCACAUUGCUCCAAGAAAGAAAUGGAAUGGAAAAUUGUCUGCACUUCCCAUGAUGAGAAAGACCAUCCUUUCUCCCAUCUGCCCCUCCCAUAGUAAGAUGGUAAAAGCUGCAGGGGAUCUUUCGCAGUCCUGCUAGCUGAUAUUUUUUAAACUGGGAGGUACUGGGGAUUGAACUAACCCUGCUUCUUUUCCUCCCUUACAGGAAAGAUGAAUCAAAAGAGCCCAUUGUGGAAGUGCGGACAGAGGAGGAACGGACCCCGAACCACGAUGGAGGGAAACACACGGAACCUAAUGAAACCACGCCGCUAACGGAGCCAGAGUAUGUUGUGAAUGUAGAAGCCCCCUGGGUGUGUCCUUGGAGAGGAGAGGGGAGCAGAGCCCCUCUUUAGGCUCCAUUGUGUGAAAGACAGCUCUGUGUGUUUACAAGAGAGAGAGAGAGAGAGAGAGAGAGAGAGAGAGAGAGAACUAGAGGGAAGGAAGGCUGAGCAGUCCUGAGGAAGUGGUGGAUAGGAGUAAUAAUAAUAUGUUUCCAAAGAGAAGAAAACCUCUCAUGGCACCUUAAAAACUUUAUUGUGGCAAAGCUUUUGUGGACUAUCAAAUUUCUGAAGCAUUAUUCUCAGUUGGCAGUUUUAUAUUGGGCUGUGGCGGUGGUGGAGGAGGAAUGGAAUGUGAAAGUUGGGAUUAAAUGGCAAUGAAAUGCAUGAAGUACAGCUGCUGACCAUUCCCAGAGGAGGAGUCAAAAAGUUUGUUCAGGCAGAUUUGCAUCUUUGGAGGAUGUGCUGCGAAUCUCAUUGUGACCCAGAGAGGGUCAAGCAGGGCUUUUUUUCAGCCGGAACUGAGUUCCGGUACCUCUUAGGUACAUUCCGGCACCUCUUUAGGUUUGGACUGUUUGCCAGCAGGUGGCAUGGCACCUGGGGCUGUGUGUCGUGACCAUCAGCUUGCUGCAGCGAUCAUGUUGGCGCAGCGACUGUGGCUGUGCGCCGGAGGUGGAGGGCGGCAGCAGUGUCGCCAAAAGUGGCAGUUGGGGUGAAGAAGAGAAGGUGGGUGCUCCCCUUACUUGCUCAGCAAGUUCCACCACCUCUUUUUGUAGAAAAAAAGCCCUGGGGUCAAGGCAGGUACUCUCUUCAAACAGCCUCCUCUGAUACCAAGGAUGUGUCCCCUUAUCCUUCAGGGUCUCCCUAAUAUGAUUAGCCUCGCAUCCAAAGGCUCGGUGCUCUUCUUGCCUCCAUGUCUUCCUUCUUCCUUCUCUCUCUGUGUUAAAUAACCGCAUGUUAUUUUCUGCAGUUGCAUUGACUUACCCAGCCGCCUGCUGCUUUCAUGGCUUUCAUUGUCUUGUUUCUCUCUUUUCUUUCCCCUCCUCCCCCCGCCUUUUACUUCCUUUCACCCCCACAGGCACCCUGCCGACACCACGGCAGCCACCGAGGAUAUGAUGCCGUCUGUCACCACAGUCACCACUAACUCUGACACUAUCACUGAAACCUUUGCCACCGCUCAGAAUAGCCCCACCAGUGAGACUACCACCCUCACCUCCAGCAUCACUCUGCCGGCCACGCCCAUGCCCGACUCCAAUUCCGUGGCUCCCAAUCAGGGGACGCCUUCGAAAGCAGCCUCGGCAUCUUCGCCCCCACCCACCUCCACGCCUAAAGUGGCUCCCCUGGUUGACCUCAGCGACACUCCUACUUCCGCCCCGGCCACUGGCAACUUGUCGUCCGGCGUCCUGACCAACCAAGGGGCAGUGCUGAGCCCUAGCUCCACCACAAAAGCGCCCGAGGCUCCCAAGGGCCCUGCUGCUGCCAGCAAAUCCCCUGCCCCACAGCCCCCAAACCCCGCUAGCUCUCCAGCCUCUUCAGAGCCAAAGCAGGAGGCCUCCAGCGCCAAAAGUCCAGAAAAGGAAGCCACGCAGCCCAGCGCGGCGAAGACUCCGACAGAGGCGGCCAAGAAUGCCAUGAACCAGAAAGGCGAGGCUGCCACGGGGGGCACCACAAAUGCUACUCAGAAUGAGGACUUUAAAAUGGACGAAGGGACCUUCAAGACCCCAGACAUUGAUCUUGCCAAGGAUGUUUUUGCCGCCUUGGGCACGGCGGCUCCUGCCACUGCACCUGCAGGCCAAGCAGCUUCCUCCGGCCCGGAGAGUUCUGCAUCGGCAGCGCCUGCAAAGACAGAGUAUGCCUCCCCGCUUUAAACCCUGCUUGUUCGUGUGCUGUGUCUCUUGUCCGUGCUGUGCCGUGCUUUUUGCUCCACUUCUGUGUGUGUGUUACGAAUUAACCUGGCUCUUUCUCUAAGCAAGCUAACCUGUCUAUUUAACCAACCAACCAUAACAGAAAGUUUAGAAUCUGGGUGUCUUUGGGCCUGUGAUCAAGCAGUAGUCUCCAGAUUCUGUUGUUAUAAGCUCCCUUCCUCAUGUCCUAAGUUAUCUCAACAGCUCCAUCGGAUUCCAGCUUAGAGGAUUCAGUUGGAAGGCACCCAGGAUGGAGUCACCUUUAGCUUCUAAGAAGCAAAUUGUUUGCUACAGCUUGUCACGGGAUAAUAAUUUUGCUGCCAAAUGGCAUCUACAAAUAAGGGAUGGACGUGAGGGUAGUCUUUUUUUUUUGCAAGGUUACAACUGGAAGGCCUUAACAUUUGGAUAUUUAGAAGAGGCGACUUUCCUCUAAGUGGGAGAUUCUGUCACAGGGGUGGGUAACCUGUGGCCCUCCAGAUGUUGUUGGACUCUUUAACUCCCAUCAGCUGCACCUAGUAUAGCCAAUGGAGCUGUACCCUAACAAAAUCUGGAGAGCCAUGGGUUCCCACAUCUCUGUCAACCGGGUAUGUGUUAAGCUUUCUUCCGCCUUUUCCCUGGAGCAAAGUAGCCAGCAUGAUUGAACCAGGCAACGCUAGAGGAUAAUACCGAUAAUGGAGAGGAUUGCUUGGGCCCCGGUUUUAAGGUGGAGAAGUUCCUGUACAACAUGCCAAUGUGGCUGAAUUCCUCACUUGGUUCUAGUUGCAGCAGAGGGGUAAAACAUGGUUCACACGGAGGAGUAAAAAAGGACCAGUGGUGGGUAGGGAUGAACUGGGCUUCAGAACCCUUCCAGUUUCGUUUUGAAGCCUUAGGAAACCUUAAAUCACAUAUUCAAUUAACCAUGAGAAGCACAGUUCCCAAAAUUUCAGAAACUGAAAUGGCAGCCUUAUUCUAACAAGAAACCAUUUUUAGGACAAAACCCAGGCCAUGAGUAGGAGUCACCCAAGGGCUUGCCAUGUGUCUCUGAAGGUAUCUCUGCUGUUGGGGAUUGUGUUGAGAACAUUCUAAUAUUAUUGUUAAUAAUAUUUUAGUAUUGUUGGACAUUUAUACAUUUCAUAAAUGGUUGAGAAUAUUCUUUUUGUCAGCACACAAAUAGUAAAGGGGGUAAAACUUCCAAAAGAAGCAAUUUGUGACAUUUCAAUCCAUGUGUUAGUAUAUAUAGUUGGCUUAAAAAUGCAAACCAAGGGACUUUUCUCCUGCAACCCAAGACUUGCUAGGUGGUUGUGUUUUGCAGUCAACUGGCUGAGGCAAAGAAAUUGGGGGGGAGAGGGCUUGCAUCCUGCUUUUUUGUCGCAGUCUUGAGAAGCAUAAACUCUAGCAUGGAGGGCUUCUCCUUUCUCAGGCACCAAGUUUUGUUGAAAGGGCAGCUACCAGCCUUCGUUUAAUCCACAAUAUUUGGUGACUUUCCCAACAGGAAAACCCCCGUAGAUGAAAAGUCUGCAAUUCAAGCCACAGAAGCCAAGACAGCCCCCGCAGCAGAAGUCAAGACGGUACCCAAUGAAGCCACACAAACAAAUGAAAACGAGAGCAAAGCAUGA